UUUUUCCUUCGCCUUUUCCGUCCAUUUCAUUUCGCCGUCAUCGCUACAGAGGCUUUUUUAACUGAGACAACAUGGCUGCACAAGCGAGUCGUUAUUAUAACGAGGGCGGCAGGGCGACGAAACGACAGAAAACGGAGAAUAACGACGGUGGGAUGGCUACGGAGGGUUAUGAAGACCCCCACAAGACCCUGCCCUCACCCGUGGUGCACGUGCGGGGCCUGGUGGAUGGAGUCAUGGAGGCUGACCUGGUGGAGGCGCUGCAGGAGUUUGGGCCAAUCAGCUAUGUGGUUGUGAUGCCAAAGAAACGGCAGGCCCUGGUGGAGUACGAAGACAUGAAUGGCUCCUGCAAUGCUGUGACCUACGCAGCAGAAAACCAGAUCUAUAUUGCUGGGCACCCUGCGUUUGUCAACUAUUCGACUAGUCAGAAAAUUUCCCGGCCUGGAGACCCAGAUGACUCCCGUAGCGUCAACAAUGUGCUCCUUCUCACAAUCAUGAACCCCAUUUACCCCAUUACUACGGAUGUUCUGUACACUAUAUGUAACAACUGCGGACCUGUCCAAAGGAUCGUCAUCUUCAGAAAGAAUGGUGUGCAGGCCAUGGUGGAAUUUGACUCCGUGCAGAGUGCUCAGAGGGCCAAGGCCUCCCUCAAUGGGGCAGACAUAUACUCUGGUUGUUGUACUUUGAAGAUUGAGUAUGCCAAGCCAACGCGUCUCAAUGUGUUCAAGAAUGACCAGGACACCUGGGACUACACCAACCCCAAUCUGAGUGGCCAAGAUGCGGACGGAGAUGACAGUGGAAGCAAUGCACAAGAUCUGAAUGCCAAUCCCAACAAGCGCCAGAGACAGCCGGCUCUGCUGGGAGACCACCCUCCAGAGUACGGAGGUCCUCAAGGUGGCUAUCAUGGGCACUAUCAUGAUGAGAGCUAUGGUCCACCUCCACCCCCUCACUAUGAGGGCCGACGUAUGGGGCCACCAAUGGGGGGGCCCCGUCGAGGGGGACAUAACCAGCGAUAUGGAGGCCCACAGUAUGGACACCCUCCACCCCCACCGCCUCCAGGAGAAUACAGCCCCCAUGCAGACUCCCCUGUGCUGAUGGUUUAUGGCCUUGAGCCCUCCAAGAUGAAUGCAGACAGGGUUUUCAAUGUGUUCUGUCUUUAUGGCAAUGUAGAACGGGUGAAGUUCAUGAAGAGUAAGCCUGGAGCAGCUAUGGUGGAGAUGGGCGACUGCUAUGCUGUGGACCGUGCCAUUACUCACCUCAACAACAAUUUCCUCUUUGGACAGAAACUUAAUGUUUGUGUGUCGAAGCAGCAAGCCAUUAUGCCUGGUCAGUCCUAUGAGCUUGAAGAUGGCACCAGCAGCUUCAAGGAUUUCCAUGGCACCCGCAACAACCGUUUUACAUCUCCAGAACAGGCUGCCAAGAACCGAAUUCAGCAUCCCAGCAAUGUCCUGCAUUUUUUCAACGCUCAGCCUGAUGUCACUGUUGAAACCUUCACACAGAUUUGUGAAGAACUUGGUGUGAAGAGUCCUUCCAACAUCAAACUCUUCACAGGAAAGAGUGGGGGUUCAGGUGAGCGAAGCUCAUCCGGGCUGUUGGAGUGGGAGUCCAUUAAUGACGCCAUGGAAGCCCUGGCUAUGAUGAACCACUACCAGAUGAAGAACCCCAAUGGUCCCUACCCGUACACCCUCAAGCUGUGCUUCUCCACUGCCCAGCAUGCAAACUGAGCAGAAGUAGAUUCCUUGAAGACUGCUUCCCAAAAAGCACCAUAUCACACUUUGGUCCCUCUUUUAUUGUCCUUAAAAGUAGCGUGUAUGUGGGUGUGUCUGUGCAGUUUUUGAGUUUUCUUUAGUUCUGGAGCUCUCUAAACCAGAAAAUGACUGACACACACAAGAUUGGUUUUAGUAGGGAGAGAAGAGCUUUUGUACUUUUUUGUUUUUUGGUGCCAUUUUUGACAUGCUGUCUUUUCAGCCCUACACCUUCUGAAAAGUCAUCUUAAAGGAAGAUAUUUUAUUUUUAUUUUUUUUUUUAUUUUUUUUGUUCAUUCUGAAAUAA